UUCAGACAUGAAUGUUAUAGCACAGUUUCUUGCACUGCUGCUUUCUCUUUCAGCUCUAUCUUCUUCUUCCAAAGCCUGUCAUAAAACCCUAAUCAGCAGCUUCAGCAUCGACCUUAUUCAUCGAGACUCAGCUUUCUCGCCAUUUUACAACUCUUCGCUGUCACAUUCACAGGUCAUCAUGAAAGCAGCGAGGCGAUCCAUUUCUCGAAUCAAACACUUUCAGGGUGGUGGUGAUGGGGCUGUUCUAAGUCCGAACAGAGGAGAUUAUCUGAUGAAGAUCUUCUUGGGGACGCCAUUGGUGGAGCUUCAUGCAGCUGCAGACACAGGAAGCGACCUUGUUUGGGUACCGUGCUUGCCUUGUGGUGGUUGUGAUCCCCAGAAUGCGUUUGAUCCUGCAAAGUCUUCAACUUUCACGGUUCUGCCUUGUGACUCGCAACCAUGUGGCUCUCUGCCCAGACAAUCCUGUGGAAAUUCAAAUCAGUGCAGGUACUUUUAUAGAUAUGGAGACCAAUCAUUCACAACGGGAGACAUAGCCACCGAGACAAUCAACUUCGGCAACACUUUCUCGUCUCCUUCAACUGUGAUUGGAUGUGGGCACGACAAUCAGUUCGAAGACAACACAGGAAUCGCAGGUCUCGGUGGUGGUCCUCUCUCUCUCAUCUCACAACUUGGUGACCAGAUCAGCCACACAUUCUCCUACUGCCUCCUCCCUUUCUCUUCCAACUCCACCAGCAGACUCAAGUUCGGCAACGACGUCGUCGCAUCAAACCAUGGCGAUCAGGCUGUCGCCAUCGUCUCCACUCCUCUGUUCACCAAAACCCCAACAACCUUUUACUAUGUCAACCUCGAAGCUGUCACUGUCGGGCACAAUACUGUUCAUACUGGUCAAACUGGAGGCAACAUAGUGAUUGAUUCAGGGACAACGUUGACAGUACUGGAAUCAGGUUUUUACAGUGAGCUCAGGGAUGCAGUGAGACAAGCUGUUGGGGUUGAACCGGUGUCGAACCCACCUGAUCCGUUGGACUUGUGCUUCAGGUAUGAUGACGAGUCUGCAGGCAUGGUGCAACGAGAAGGUCUUGAGUUUGUGUUGCAUUUCACGAACGGUGAUCUGAAGUUGCACCGUGGAAACAUGUUCACGAUCGAGGAUGACUUGCUUUGCUUGAUGGUGAUACCCAGUGAUGGUAUGUCGAUUCUGGGGAAUAUUGCGCAGGUUAAUUUUCAGGUGGCGUUUGAUCUUGUUGGACGGAAGGUUUCUUUUGCUCCUGCUGAUUGUGCAGCCAAUUAGAAAUAUGUAUAUGAAAAUUAAAUUCUGAUCAUGUAAACUCAGAUCUAUAAAAAGUCUAAAGAUGAAAAUGAGUUUGAGAAUAUCCACUGAUCUCUGAGAGAGAUUCUUUUCUCUUCUACUCUGUUGACAGAAAAGUACAAUUGGGUUCUCUCUUCCAUAAAGCAACACUUCAAGAAGAUAAACUAGAAGGAUUGCUUUUAUCCAGAUAUGAAUACAACAAAAAGUU